GGCCGGACAGACCUGGGGCUGCGAGUGCGGAGCCCGGCCCGGCCCGCGCCGCCUCCCAUCGCCUCCCCGAGCCUCCCCUCCUCCCCGAGCCUCUCUUCUCCGCCCGUGCCCGGGAGCCGAACCCAGCCGGGCCAGGCCGGGCCCGCGGAUCCGAGUCCCCGCGGCCCACACCGCCCUCCCUCGGGACCUGCGGACUCGCACCUUCCUGGUUCCGCUGCACCCCCCGGGUGCCGGGAGCAGAUCUUGGGGUCCAGAGAGCAAGGAGUGCCAGUCGCGCAGAGGAAAGCCCAGGAUCCACCGACCCGUAUCGGACCUGACUGGACCGGACGGAGUGAGCCCAGCGCCGAGCUGGGGGAGCCCGCGCCCUCCCGGCCCCGUGACUCCGGCUUCCUCGCUGGGAUCCACCCGGCGUCGUCCCGCCGCCCAGCGCCUGGGUCACCUGUGGCCUCAGAGCCCCAAGCCCUCCGGACUCGGAGCUUGGAAGGGGUCGUUGGGGCGUUUUGUAGUGCCGAGGCCCCGCCCCCUCCCGCCGCCCCGAUGUCCCCGACCACGGCGCACAGGACCCCCCUGAGGCCAGGGGCAGAAGGGUGCAGAGAGAGAAGCCCGCCCUAGGGAGCCUGGGGGCCCCCAAACCUCGCCUGGGGACUCAGCCCCCGACUCCGCGUGGAGGGAAGGCCGGAGCCCCCACCUUCGGGGGCUGCCCUCCUCCAGCCUAGCUCGCUCUCCAGAGCCGCCCACAGCUGGAGCCUCCUCCACAUCUGGGAGACCCCGGCCACUGGCCCUCUGCUGGUGUCUGCAGCAUCCAGAGACCUCUGCCUUGGAGGCUGCCUCGGAGUUGCAAGGGGAUUGACUGCUGCUGCCUCCAGUCCCAAGGGCAUCUUCUACCCUGACUCGCUGCAGAGUCAUCCCCCUGGGCAGGCUCCGCACUCCAAGUCCUGGAGGCCACUCCUGGGACCCAAGGCCCCUCCCCCUGCCCUCCCGUGUCCUCGCCUUGACCCCUGUGUCAGACUCUGUCUCCCUCUGGGUGCUCUGUUCCCCACCCAGAGGCAGAGUAGGCGGAGUGGCAGGGGGCAGGGGCUGGGUGUGGGCCGCCCAGGGCCAGGGUGGGCUGGGGGGCCGUUAAGAUGUGGAGCUCUGCCCCGCCGAGGGUGUCUCCGUGGAGGCAGUCGCAGUGUGUGCCCGGCUGGGGGGAGUAUGGGCAGGCCUGUGGCCACGUGGUGAAGGAUGAACAUUCGGGGGGCCCCGGACCUCGGGCAGCCCAGUGACGACCCCAACAGUGGUGGUGAGCGGGAGCGAAUUCGACAGCGUAUGAAGAUGGUCAUCGGACAGCUUGAAGGCAUCCUGCGGGAGCUCAAGGAGGUGGCCAAGGAGCUGCGGGAGGUGGUGAGCCAGAUAGACAAGCUAACCUCAGACUUCGACUUCGAGCUUGAGCCGGAUGAUUGGACCACAGCCACUGUGAGCAGCACCUCCAGCAGCGACAAGGCAGGUGUGGGUGGCCCCUUUGACCUGGGCCACCUGGAUUUCAUGACAGCAGACAUCCUCUCGGACAGCUGGGAGUUCUGCUCCUUCCUGGACGUGUCUACCCCAUCUGACUCCGUGGACGGCCCAGAGUCGUCACGGCCAGGUGCUGGCCCUGAUUACCGGCUCAUGAAUGGUGGCACCCCCAUCCCCAACGGACCCCGAGUGGAGACCCCGGACUCCUCCAGUGAGGAGGCUUUCAGUGCCGGCCCCACAAAAGGCCAGCUACCCCAGCGGACCCCGGGGACACGGGAGAGGGUUCGGUUCAGUGACAAAGUACUGUACCAUGCUCUGUGCUGUGACGACGAGGAGGGCCAGAUAGAGGCGGCAGAAGAGCAGGCGGGGGCCCUGGCCCCCGAGCUGCCACACAUGGAUCCCCAUGAAGGACCCCUCAAGCCCUCUGCAGCCCCGUACAAGAUACGGCGCUCCCCACUGACUGGUCACCGCUCAGGUUCCAUGUUGGCCCCUGAACAGACCCGACGGGUCACAAGGAACAGCAGCACCCAGACGGUAUCAGACAAGAGCACACAGACAGUGCUACCCUACACGGGCACCAGACAGAAAGCCAGUGGGAAAAACUAGGGGCCAGGGCUGGGGCUGGGGGGUGGGCAUAUAGAGUUAUAAAUAUAUAUAUAUAUAUUUAAACAAUCACGGUCAUAAUAAAAUUUUAAAAUGC